AGAAUAUGGCCAGGAUUUCGAAAGCGGACGCAGCACGAUAGGCAUCGAGAAUCCUUGCACGUGCGGCUUUGGCCAAAAAAGGCGAAGAUAAAAAGAAAAUUGAUGAGCUGAAAAACUGCGCUGAAUUUGAAAGAUUGACACUUGGACAAUGAAAAAAAACUUCAAUGCAUUGUGAAGGGAGCAGUGGAAAAAAUGAUGUUAUCAAAGGAAAAGGACAUCGCGAGUGUGAUUGAAGAAAAUGGGACACAUCUCCAAAUCAGCAGCUGCAAAGAAUGCAUCUGCUAAGAGAGCUCGCAACGGCCAGGUGGCAAAAAGAGAAGCUAAGAAAAAGUACGAAGAACUCAAAACAUGCAUCGAGUUUGAGGGUCUUACAGAUGGCCAAAUCAAAAAGAAACUGGAGAGGAUUGCAAAGUUGUCUGGAAAGAAAAUGGAAUGGUCUUAGGAGGUUGAAAGCCUUGUCGAAAAAGGAAACCCCCAAGGAGGAUCUGCCGGAGAAUGCCCUUCACAGAGUGUUGAAUAAGAAGGCGACGUACCUCGGCAGAGCGGCAGACUUGUAAUAAUGAGCGAACGAUUUUUCUGUGAAUAUAUUUUGUUCUAGUUUUAGAUUUAUAUCAGCAUUUGUAAACUUUUUGGGCUUUCUUGUUGAAUAAAUUUAUUAUUAUUUU